GAAACUUGUAAAGGGUCGGUCUCAGGCGAAGUGGCAGGGAUAUCCGAGGCUUUGUAUCGCCAAUACAAUUCGGAACCAGCAUGUCAUCUGUUGGCGCGGUUUCGAGCCACGCGGUGGUGGCACUUGCGGGGAUCAAGUCCUCCCGGGAGAAAUAUGGUUCCGGCGCUCGCAUCGCGAGACGCACGGUCGCGUUCACCCCCGCUAGCUUCACGAAGCGCGCUCGCAAGGCCAAAUUCUCGCUACGCGCAUCGGAUGUCGACGAUGAGUUAGCGGCUGUCGCCGCUGCUGUGGAGGCUCUCCGUUUGGAGAAUGAACGUCUGAAGGCGGACCUUGACCCAAAUUCAGUCACGAGCAAGGGCGCUUCCCCUCCGCCACCACCUCCCCCCGCCCCUCCUUUGCCGCCAACCCCUAUGCAGCAGGCUGAGUCUGACACUAUCCCCUCGGAACCACCAACACCGGUGCCUCCGCCUUCCCCGCCCUCAAAUCCUGAAUCUUCGGAGCCACAUGUGCCUCCAGUUGAAGAUGUGAAACCCGAGCCGUCCUUCGCAGCAGCAGCCGGUGGAUCUUCGCACGCCCCCCCUGGCGUAUCUGCCAGCAGCAGUGGUUCUGGAAGUGCAGGCCCGUCAGCGAAGGACUUCGUUCCUGUCACCCCGACUCGCGAAAAUACAAAACCUAUUUAUGGUGCCAAUGUUCUUCCCAUGAACGAACCUCCUGCUUCAGAGAGAUUCGCGAACUUUGAGUAUCCCCCUAUCACCACUGAUGGCAUGGGCGUCUGCAUGUUGGAUGGCACUCUCAACCAAUUCAGGGACCAUCUUGGGUACCGUUGGUCAAAGUAUUGCGCACUUCGUGAUGCCAUUGAUCAAAACGAGGGCGGUAUUGAACUGUUCAGUCGAGGUUACGAGAAAAUGGGCUUCAAUCGCUCUCCAGAAGGAAUCACCUAUCGAGAAUGGGCCCCUAAUGCGACAGCCGCGUGCCUCUUCGGUGACUUCAACCAGUGGUCCACGGGCGCUGAUGGUGUGUGGAUGACGAAGAACGACUUCGGCGUCUUCGAGGUAUUCAUGCCCAACAAUGCCGAUGGUUCACCAGCAAUAUCACACGGAACACGCGUUAAAAUACAUCUCGAAAUAGAGGGACAGGAACCUGUGGACAAGAUUCCCGCUUGGAUAAAGUUUGCAGUCCAGGCUCCUGAUGAAAUUCCGUUCAACGGUAUUUACUACGACCCGCCAGACUCUGAGGUGUACAAGUUUCAGUACGCACGUCCACAAAGUCCGCCAGAGCUGCGCAUCUACGAGGCACACGUCGGCAUGUCUUCAACUGAGCCAAAAAUUAAUAGUUAUGUUGAGUUUGCUGACGAUGUCAUUCCGCGCAUCGCCCAGCUUGGGUACAACGCGGUGCAGCUGAUGGCUGUGCAGGAACAUGCAUAUUAUGCAUCUUUCGGCUACCAUGUCACAAAUUUUUUUGCCGUUUCUUCACGCUGUGGCACCCCCGAUGAACUCAAGUAUCUUAUCGACACAGCGCACAGCUACGGUAUAGUAGUACUGAUGGAUAUUGUACACUCGCACGCCUCCUCCAACUCUCUUGACGGUAUAAACAUGUUUGAUGGAUCUAACGGACAGUACUUCCACGACGGUCCUCAGGGUUAUCACUGGAUGUGGGAUAGCCGCUGCUUCAACUACGGAAACUGGGAAGUUAUACGUUUCCUUCUUUCAAACCUUCGAUACUGGAUGGAGGAAUUCAAGUUCGACGGGUUCCGUUUCGAUGGUGUUACCUCGAUGAUGUACUCCCACCACGGACUUCAGAUGGCGUUUACAGGUGACUAUAACGAAUACUUUGGAAUGGCGACUGAUGUUGAUGCCAUGGUCUACCUCAUGCUUGCCAACGACAUGCUGCACACACUUUACGACGGCCAUGUGUUGACGGCUGCUGAAGAUGUGAGUGGUAUGCCAACACUGGCGCGGCCUGUAUCUGAAGGUGGUGUUGGCUUUGACUACCGCUUGCAGAUGGCGAUUGCGGACAAAUGGGUUGAGGUACUCUCGGAAUGGGGCAUGGAUGAAAAUUGGGACAUGGGUAACCUUGUACACACGCUAGAGAAUCGGCGCUGGGGCGAGAAGGCGAUAGCAUAUGCCGAAUCACACGACCAGGCCCUGGUUGGCGAUAAGACAACUGCCUUUUGGUUGAUGGACAAAGAGAUGUACGAUCACAUGUCUACGCUGACGCCUGACCACCCCGUUGUAACAAGAGGAAUCGCAAUUCACAAAAUGAUCCGCCAGCUCACCAUGUGUCUAGGAGGGGAGGGUUACUUGAACUUUAUGGGAAAUGAGUUCGGUCACCCAGAAUGGAUUGAUUUCCCUCGUGGUGAUCGCGUUGAGGCAUCUACGGGCGAGUUUGUGCCCGGUAAUGGCAACUCCUACCAUCUAUGCCGCAGAAGGUUUGACCUUGCGGACAUGGAUCACCUACGAUACAAGUAUUUGAAUGCAUUCGAUGCCGCUAUGAACAACAUCGCUGGUCGGUUCAAGUAUCUUUGUUCAGAUCAUCAAUAUACCUCUCUCAAGGACGACGGUGACAAGAUGAUCGUGGUGGAGCGCGGAGAUCUUGUCUUUAUUUUCAACUUUCAUCCGAACCAGUCGUAUAGCGACUACCGCAUAGGGACAAAACAGGGAGGCAUGUACAAACUGGUUUUAUCUUCAGACAACCCCGAGUUUGGCGGCUACUCUAAUCUCUGGACUUACAGUGCUCCAGAUAUCAAGGCAGAUGAGUGGGAGUUUAACGGGCGCCCCGCAUCUAUGUUAAUAUAUGCCCCAAGUCGCAGUGUCUCUGUCUAUGCACCGGCUGACCUUGCGAUCGAGAAGAUGGAGUAUGCCUAAGUCAUACGAUGAAACGGUAGUCUACUCGAGGGAUGCUUGAAAAUUAAGAUCAGUGCUAUUGAAGAAGGCGGUACUACUUGAUCAAGUUGGAGAAGGGUGGGAAUGACAAGAGAGAAAUUAUUCACAGGUACAAGCUUCCAAGUCAGAAAGCUAGCUCUUUCUAGAUGCGUAGUUACUGAGCGAGGGUGUCACUUCAACAACUGUCUGUACGAAACGACACAAAUUCUAUUUAUUUCAAUCCAGAGACGUCCCCUUCCCUGUUUAUGAU